AAGAAAAAACAUGGUUCGCGUUUCCCUGAGAUCCGCGAGGCGGCACAGAGACAGAGCUCGCAGCCGCAGCCAAGCGACAGCAAGACCUCCGCCCGCCGCCUCUAUGGAAUCCUCGUCGCAGCCGCCGCCUCUGAGCGGGGCCGACCAGUCGGAGGACGGCGCGACCGCUGAGUUACCCCGGCUCACCGUGACGCAGGUGGAGCAGAUGAAGGUGGAGGCGCGGGUAGCCGAAAUCUACAGCGUGCUCUUUGGUGCCGCGCCCAACACUAAAUCUGUCAUGUUAGAGCUGUGGCGCGAUCAGCAUGUCGAGUAUUUGACGAAAGGGCUGAGGCGUCUUGCACCUAGCUUCCAUGUGCUCGAUGCCAAUCGACCUUGGUUGUGCUACUGGAUGGUUCAUGGACUUGCUUUGCUCGAAGAAACACUUGACGAUGACCUCGAGCAUGAUAUAGUGGACUUCUUAUCUCGAUGUCAGGACAGAGAUGGUGGAUAUGGUGGUGGACCUGGGCAGUUACCUCAUCUCGCUACAUCGUAUGCCGCUGUAAAUACACUUGUGACCAUAGGGAGUGAAAGUGCACUAUCAUCAAUAAAAAGGGACAACCUGUACAAGUUUAUGCUUCAAAUGAAGGAUGAAUCAGGUGCUUUCAGAAUGCAUGAAGGUGGUGAAAUUGAUGUCCGUGCUUGCUAUACUGCAAUAUCGGUUGCCAGCCUUCUAAACAUUCUUGAUGACAAACUGGCGAAAGGUGUUGGAAAUUACAUAGCCAGGUGUCAAACUUACGAAGGUGGGAUUGCUGGGGAACCUUUUGCUGAAGCUCAUGGUGGGUACACUUUUUGUGGGCUGGCUGCAAUGAUCCUGCUUAAUGAGGUGGAGAAGCUCGAUUUGCCUAGCUUGAUUGGUUGGGUAGCAUUUCGUCAAGGAGUGGAAUGCGGAUUCCAAGGACGGACUAAUAAACUGGUUGAUGGCUGCUACUCCUUUUGGCAGGGAGCUGCUAUUGCUUUAACACAAAAACUGAUGACAGUUGUUGAUAAACAAUUGAAACAAUCAUAUUCAAGUAAAUCAUCAUCAGGAGAUAAUCUUUGUGGGACCAGCUCAUCUGGGUAUGCUUCAGAAAAAUCUACUAAUGUGGAUUAUGCGAAGUUUGGAUUCGAUUUUAUAAAGCAGAGCAAUCAGAUAGGCCCAUUGUUCCACAACAUUGCCCUGCAGCAGUACAUCCUGCUUUGUGCACAGGUACUGGAGGGAGGAUUGAGGGAUAAACCUGGAAAGAACAGAGAUCACUACCACUCAUGCUACUGCCUUAGUGGCCUCUCAGUAAGCCAGUACAGCGCAAUGACUGAUUCCGAUUCGUGCCCUUUACCGCAGCAUAUGCUUGGACCGUACUCGAACUUGCUAGAGCCAAUCCAUCCACUCUACAAUGUUGUACUAGAUAAAUACGAUGAUGCCUACGAGUUCUUUCGAGAGAGUGAUCAAGUAUAGGCCUCAACUUUUACAGAUGGCUAGGACAAUGUAUGCUUUGCACGGCUACUGUAACAUCCUAAAGCACUAGAGAUAUUUUUGCAAUGUGUCCGUUUGUUGUAUAAAAGCUGGCAUUUGAAUGUUCAUCAGAUUGCUGCAAAAACUUUGUCUACCUGAUGGGAGGUGAAGCUAAGUGGCAGUUAAUGAGAUAUAUUAGCGAAGUGGCAA